GUGUACGCGCACCAAUCGGCCACGCACUUGACCGAGUCUCGGUCGACACGGGCGGGGCUCCAGGUCUAUGAAACUGAAUUACCGGCAGACCAAAACUAAACUUACCCGAACCGAUCGCUUCCCUCCGUGUGUCGUGCGUGCGUGGGAAUGUACGCUGCUGCGUGGGAACAAUCAUAUGAACUGCUCUACAAUGUCUUAACAUUGGAUUUUUUAUCACCGAGAGCCUCAAGACAUUGAGACUUUGACAUCUGCAGCUGUUUAUUCUUUUGCGCAGCUUUAACGUUGGACAAAAUGAAACAAAUAUAGGCUACACACCAUCGACAUUUCACAGGGAUCUGGAGAUUUCCGCUGUUGAUAAUUUUUCCCGUCCCGAAGUGCUUGUGAAUCGAAUAAGGCUGGCAGGUCUAGGGAGAGGCAGGCAGCAUGGCUGAACCCAGACGCGACAGCACCAGCAGCCUGCAGCGCAAGAAGCCGCCAUGGCUAAAACUGGACAUUCCCACCGCUCAGGUGUCCAUGGACGAAGUUCCAGCUUUUGUUCAGCCCGUGAAGAGGCAUGGUUUCCAUCGCAGCGUCAGUAUGCCUGUGGAAACAUCUCAUCUUCCCUCUCCUCCACGUGACCUCUUUGACCCCCGUCGAGCUGCUUUCCAGCGUCAGUCUUCAAUCACACAAACCAUCAAGAGCAGCAGGAGGGUGCACUUUGAGAGGAUUAACACUGUGCCCAUUAAGGGUCACCGUGCAGGGCGGCGUGGUUUCAGAAGGCAUCAGUCACUCUCCAGAACCCUGCUCAGGGGCACGGCGGACUGGUUCGGUGUCAGCAAAGACGGCGACGCCACGCAGAAAUGGCAGAGGAAGAGCCUGCGACACUGCAGCCUGCGCUACGGCAAGCUGAAACCUCAGGUGAUCCGUGAGAUGGAGCUGCCCAGCCAGGACAACAUCUCCCUGACCAGCACGGAAACCCCUCCGCCUCUAUACGUGCCCUCAUCUCAGCAUGGCAUGCAGAAGAUUGUGGACCCGUUGGCACGAGGACGUGCGUUUCGCAUGGUGGAGGAGGUAGAUGGCUACAGCGUGCCACAAACUCCCAUCACCCCCGGCGCUGCAUCCCUAUGCUCCUUCAACAGCUCACGCUCAGGCCUGAACCGCAUCCCACGCAGACGCAAGCGCGAGUCGGUGGCCAAGAUGAGCUUCAGGGCGGCAGCAGCUCUGGUCAAGGGUCGUUCGUUGCGUGAGGGCACACUAAGACGAGCUCACAGGCGCAGCUUCACACCUGCUAGCUUUAUUGAGGAAGAUGUUGUGGACUUUCCAGAUGAACUCGACACGUCAUUCUUUGCUCGGGACGUCUUGAUGCAGGAGGAGAUGUCUACCUUUCACGACGAGGUGUUUGAGUCUCCAUCAGACUCCACCAUGAAGGACGUGGAUAGCAAACAGCUGGAUGAGUCAGAGCUAACAGGCAGCGCGCUGGACAAAAGCGAGUUGGAGAGGAGUCACUUAAUGCUUCCUCUAGAGCGCGGCUGGCGAAAGGCAAAAGAGGGAACACCGGCGCCCCCUAAAGUUCGACUGAGGCAAGAGGUUGUAAGUGUGAACGGUCAGCGGAGAGGCCAACGCAUAGCCGUGCCAGUCAAAAAGCUCUUCGCAAGAGAAAAAAGACCGUACGGAUUGGGCAUGGUGGGAAAGCUGACCAAUCGGACAUAUCGCAAACGCAUCGACAGCUACGUGAAACAACAGAUAGAAGACAUGGACGACCACAGGCCUUUCUUUACAUAUUGGAUAACAUUCGUUCACAUACUCAUCACCAUUUUGGCAGUGUGUAUUUAUGGCAUUGCACCAGUAGGCUUCUCCCAGCACGAAACCGUCGAUUCUGUCCUAAGAAAUAAAGGUGUUUAUGAAAACGUCAAAUUCGUGCAGCAAGAGAACUUUUGGAUUGGACCAAGUUCGGAGGCCUUGAUUCAUCUGGGAGCCAAAUUCUCACCUUGUAUGCGACAGGACAAACAGGUACACGAACUGAUUAAAAAAAAACGGGAAUUGGAGCGAAAUUCAGCUUGCUGUGUACGCAACGACCGCUCUGGCUGUCUGCAGACUUUAGAGGAGGAAUGCUCUAGCACUUUGGCUGUGUGGGUGAAAUGGCCUCAGCAUCCCAGCACUCCUCAGCUGGAGGGGAAGAACCGGGAGUAUGGUUCUGUGUGCCAUCAGGACCCCAGGACGUGUAUAGAGCCAGCCUCAGUAUCUCCUCAUGAGUGGCCUGAUGAUAUCACCAAAUGGCCGAUCUGCACCAAAUAUAAUUCUGGGAAUCACACCAAUCUGCCUCAUAUCGACUGUACUAUCACCGGCCGGCCGUGUUGCAUCGGCACUAAAGGGAGGUGUGAAAUCACAUCGAGGGAAUACUGUGACUUCAUGAAGGGAUACUUCCAUGAGGAGGCAACCCUUUGCUCCCAAGUGCACUGUAUGGAUGAUGUUUGUGGCCUCCUUCCUUUCCUGAAUCCUGAGGUCCCAGAUCAGUUCUACCGCCUCUGGCUCUCACUGUUUCUGCAUGCUGGGAUUCUGCAUUGCCUGGUGUCGGUAUGUUUUCAGAUGACAAUUCUUCGAGACCUGGAAAAGUUGGCCGGGUGGCUACGGAUAUCUAUAAUCUAUAUCCUGAGUGGCAUCACAGGAAACCUGGCUAGUGCCAUCUUCCUACCCUACAGAGCUGAGGUGGGUCCAGCUGGCUCUCAGUUUGGCAUUCUGGCCUGUCUGUUUGUGGAGCUGAUUCAGAGCUGGCAGAUUCUGGCUCAGCCGUGGCGGGCCUUCACUAAGCUACUGUGCGUGGUGCUCUUUCUGUUCGCCUUCGGCCUGCUGCCCUGGAUCGAUAACUUCGCCCACAUCAGCGGAUUCAUCUCGGGUUUCUUCCUGUCCUUCGCCUUCCUGCCCUACAUCAGCUUCGGCCGCCUGGACAUGUACCGUAAGCGCUGCCAGAUCAUCAUCUUCCUAGUGGUGUUCGUGGGCCUGUUCGCGGGACUCGUGGUGCUCUUCUACGUGUAUCCCAUCAAGUGUGAGUGGUGCGAGCUGCUCACCUGCAUUCCUUUCACCGACAAGUUCUGUGAGAAGUACGACCUCAAUGCGCACCUCCAUUGAGGGAGAGGCGGGGCUUCGGGGACAGAGAGAUUCGAUUGGUCAUUGAUCUGCAUCUGCCGGCCCCCCGCCGUCAGUGUUAAUCCAGUUGCACUUCGUCUCGCCCCAAAUGAAGCCCUUUCUGUGAACUUGGACAGUAUGCUUGUGUUGUUGUUUUUUUUUUACUCAAGUGUAAGUUGGAUCUCCACUUUGACCAUGAUUUUAGGACUCUUGAGAAUGAAGAACGCUUUUUAACUUACCCUAAAGUUUUAUGUAGUCUAUUGAUAAGGGUGUCUGAUAAUCAUACGAAAACAGGGUCACCCUCGGCCGAAAACGUUCUCUACACUACAGUCUCAGAAGGCAGUGUCAUAAUAAAAGCACUGGUACACCAAACGGAGAACACGUCUUCUCCAAUUUGAUUGUUGUACUUUAUAUGUUUUAGCAUGUCAGGGGUAGGUUUGUCUUUGUUUAGUCGACCUCAGAAUCCAGGGACGAAAAAAACUCUGUACCUUUGGUGCCUUGAUAAAUGUACCUACUACUGCCAUAUUUUCGUUACACGUUGAGCACUCAAAUGAUAUUCUUUUAUUUGUGUGUUACUUCUAAUGGAGUAAUGGUUGAUUAUGAAAGGGUAGUGUUUUAACUACCCAAUUUACUCACUUGUUACAGAAUACAGCUAAAAACAACCUGCACCUCUGAA